AUGGCGACCGUCGCGUUUCCCCGCCGCCACAUUUGCUUUGACCACCCGACGAUCAUCCGCGACCGGAAGCGUGAGCUCCAAGGCUUCAUCGCCGCCCUCAUUCGCCUUCGCCAGGCAUGCCAUGCACUCGCGCAGCAACCGGGUGCGCCUCGCCGCAAGGCCCAGGACGUCGCCUCCUUGGUGCUGCAUUUUCUCGAGAUGCCGGUGGCUGUGGAAGACGAAGAGCACCGUCUGAGCUGUGGCCGCCCACUGCAUUCGCACACGGCGCCGACGGAAGAUGCGUGUCCGAUCUGCAUGUGUGAGUUUGACGAGCUGUCCGACGACGACGCGGUGCUCGAGCUCACGUGCGGCCACGCAUUUCAUGAGUCGUGCCUUGUGCACUGGCUGGACAAGAAGAUGACGUGCCCGCUCUGCCGCUGCGAAGCUGUCGGCGGCUUCAUUGCCGCGUAG